GAAAGUGCUUGAAUUUGACCUUUGACCUGAAAUUAUUGAAGUACUAUGUCCUAUAAUAUGUUUAAAAAGCCGUUUACUGUUUGAGUCUUUUAUUUUCCAAACCAGCGACAGGAAGCUGUGUUGUACACGGCGGUCGUCUUGACAACAGUAGGUCACAGAGGUUGAAUGAGAGCCCGGGUGUUUCUCUCUGUGUGUGUGUGUGUUCACAGUUAAUAUGGCAGCGGUCGUUCACCUCACUCUGCUCCUGCUCCCGUUUGUGCUCCGUGGAUCUGUUCUCGUUGCCUCGGCCACAGACGUCGAGUUUGUGACGACUGUGAGUCCUUUCUCUGCAGGAGGAACUGUGAGGAACGCCACAGAUGAUCCCAGCACACCACAAACAACCAGCGUCAGCACGUCCACAACCAGCAGACCUGUCCCUCAACAAGAGGAAGAAGAUGAAGGUCCUCUGGAGUUAGCGAGCAGGUCCAUCAGGAGUGUGGCAAAGAAGCCCAAAGUGGUCCUCAAAAAACGCCGAGUCAUCGCCAAGAAGUCAAAGGUCGUUAAGAAAACCAAACCGCAGGUGAAAAAACGUGGCGGCCAAUCAGGCGCCGGCGGCACCGGAACGCUCCCACAAUGUCCUCCGCUGGGACUGGAGUCGCUCCGAGUCAAAGACGAUCAGCUCAAAGCGUCGUCCUACAAACGCAGAGGUCUGGGUCCUCACCGUGGACGCCUCAACAUCCAGUCUGGGAUCGAGGACGGGGACAUCUACGACGGAGCCUGGUGCGCUCAGUACCGAGACAAGAACCAGUGGUUGGAGGUCGACGCUCGGCGGCCGACGCGCUUCACCGGUGUCAUCCUGCAGGGACGCAACUCCAUCUGGAGCUGGGACGUGGUUCACAGCUACAAGGUCCAGUUCAGUAACGACUCUGUGGUCUGGAAACCCUGUAUGAAUGGGACCAAAGAGGCUGUAUUCGAGGGGAACCAGGACGCAGAGACGCCCGUCCUCGCCCUGUUCAACACGUCCACCGUGGCCCGGUACAUCCGCAUCAACCCGCAGACCUGGUACCAGAACGGGACGGACGGCUCCGUCUGCCUGAGAGCAGAGGUGCUGGGCUGCACACUGCCAGAUCCUCAUAAUGUGUACGCGUGGCAGACGGAGCCGACAGAGUCCAGAGACAAACUGGACUUUAGACACCACAACUACAAGGAGAUGAAGAAGCUGAUGAAGUCGGUGCACGAUGCUUGUCCCGACAUCACUCGCAUCUACAGCAUCGGAAAAAGCCACAUGGGUCUGAAACUCUACGCCAUGGAGAUCUCCGACAACCCCGGAAAACACGAACUGGGAGAACCAGAGUUCCGGUACGUGGCAGGGAUGCAUGGCAACGAGGUGCUGGGCCGCGAGCUUCUCCUCAACCUGAUGCAGUUCAUGUGUCAGGAAUACAAACGCGGCGACCAGCGCAUCGUCCGCCUGGUCAAAGAGACGCGGAUCCACCUGCUGCCCUCAAUGAACCCUGACGGAUACGAGAUGGCCUUCAAAAAGGGUUCAGAACUGGCCGCCUGGGCUUUCGGUCGCUAUAGUUACGAAGGCAUCGACAUGAACCACAACUUCGCCGACCUCAACUCUGGCAUGUGGACGGCCAUCGAGCUGGAGACGGACCCAUCCAAACUCAUCAACCACUACUUCCCCAUCCCUGAGCACUACACAUCUGAGGAGGCCUUUGUGGCGUCAGAGACCCGCGCCGUUAUCAACUGGAUACAGGACAUCCCGUUCGUCCUCGGCGCCAACCUGCACGGCGGAGAGCUGGUGGUCACGUACCCGUACGACAUGACGCGUGACUGGGCUCCCCGUGAGCACACUCCAACGGCCGACGAGAGCUUCUUCCGCUGGUUGGCGACAGUGUACGCCAGCACCAAUCAGGUGAUGUCCAACCCAGACAGAAGACCCUGCCACAACAAUGACUUCCUCAAAUACAACAACAUCAUCAACGGAGCCGACUGGCACAACGUACCAGGAAGUAUGAACGACUUCAGCUACCUCCACACCAACUGUUUCGAGGUGACGGUGGAGUUGUCGUGCGACAAAUUCCCUCACGCCAGCGAACUUCCCACCGAGUGGGAGAACAACAGAGAGUCUCUGCUGGUUUACAUGGAGCAGGUUCACAGAGGAAUUAAAGGCGUGGUUCGCGACAGAGACACAGGAGCAGGUGUAGCAGACGCCGUGAUAAAAGUGGAGGACAUCGAUCAUCACAUACGAUCAGUUGCCGACGGCGACUACUGGCGGCUGCUGAAUCCCGGUGAGUACAGAGUGACGGUCACCGCAGAGGGCUACUUCCCGUCCUCCCGCACCUGCCAAGUCAUGUACGACCUCUACCCCACAAUCUGCGACUUCAACCUCACUAAGGUGCCCGCGCCGAAGGUGAAGGAGGUCUUAGCGAAGAGAGGGAAACUCGCCAAGGACCUGCAGUUCCGGCUGCGCCAACAACGACUGCGUAAACUCCGCGUCACUACCAAGGCCAUAAACCAGAGACGAGCCGCUGCCGCCGCUAAACGAGCUAAGAGGGUUUGACGAUGAUGCUAACGAGAACAAAGCAGGACUUGUUCAGUUCACUAGAGGUUUGGAGACAAUCAGUCGUCACUGGGUUCAUGUUAUUUAUCAAAUACACUUUCAUCUCCUGCUGUGGAGCAGCAGAACGUUCGCAGUUAGCCUCAGGAUUUGCGAUUUCACUUGGACUUGAGCACAAAAACACUUCCUUUUUCUUUAACAGGAACCUACACUGAUGGAAUUUUGUAAUGUUUGCACAGAACUCUUUCAAAAUAAAAGCAUUAUGUCUUUAAA